AUGGACACAAAUCCAUGCUCUCCCGUAGUCCCUGUCGGCGGCACUGGCCAUAUCGGUGGUGCUGUGCUGGACCAGCUACUCCGGAAACAUGCGGAAGCGAAUGUGAAAGUCCUGGUUCGGGAUGAGAGCAAGGCUUCCCGCCUUGUUAAAACCUACCCACAGGUUGAGACGGUCAUCGCUGACGCCGGAAACUUUGAUAUUCUUGAAAAGUGCACCCCAGACAUCACACAUGACGACGGCAUCAAGGCGAUUCUGACCGGUCUGAAAGCGCGUGGCGCGGCCAAUGGCACCAAGCCUUACUAUAUUCACACAUCGGGAGCUUCUCUCAUCUGGGAUGAGCCCGCCGGCUCCAAAGACGCCCGUCGGUGGGACGAUAUUGCGGACAUUGGGGACAUCUGCGCGUUCAAGGGUGAAGCCCACACACAUGCUGUUACCGAUAAGAUUGUGCGCGAUGCGGCAACAGACGUCAAUGUGGCCAUCAUGUCGCCUGGUUUCGUUGGCGGCAUGAGUCCUUCCCUUGAGCACCCAACCCCGAUCACGACGCCUGCCCUCCUACUCACGGCACGUGCUUUCAAGUCCGGCUGGCAGAUAGCUGAAGGAGAAAACACCCACGCUUGGAUCCACGUCUCGGAUCUCGCAAAGAUGUUCCUUAUCCUUGUCGGAAAGGCCAUUGAUGGCACCUCCGACUCUGAACCCUUCGCCAUCUGGGGUCCAGAGGCGUACUACUUUGGCACGAGUGAAGAUAUCUCGUUCGGGGAGUUCAUGAAGCACCUUGCUCCUGUACUCAAGGAUCAGAAGAUCAUUGAGAGCACCGAGAUUAAGUCAGUCAGCGUGGCUGAGGCAGCGAGGGCCAGUAUCGCUGGCAGCGACUACGAUCCCGAUGCUCCGCCGCCCCCGCCCGAUACCUGGGCUAUGCAUAUUGCCAUCAUGUACGGCAUCAACAUGCGUAUUGAGGCGUCAAGAAUGGCCAAGCUUGGAUGGAAAGCAGAGAAGGCAUCUAUCCUGGAGAGCUUCCCGCAAAUAGUUGCCGGAUUGCUUGCGCGAGAGUAG